UGCAGAUGGGGCUAGGAACGGCAGUCGCUCGCCACUGAACGGCUCCCCGCGAGUGGUGGGCUGAAUUUGGAGGGGGCGCUUGGAGAAUUAUCAUGCUUCGCGGAGGACCAAAAUCUACCCUCGCGGCACCCCAACUCAGCCUGCUUUGCUAAGCUUCCAGGAAUAUAUUUCUUCUAUCAUCGGCGCCAAUAGAAGAAUCGCCACUGUGGCGUUCUCGCAUUCCUUCUCUUCCUUCUUUCCUUCUUUAAAGAGAGAAAAUGGAAUGAUCUCUCUGGAUCCCGCAUAUUUCGACUUUCCUCUCUACUGGAUCAGAUUCAUCUUAGAAGGCGAUAUCUUGCUUUGCCUUUGCACCACUUCCAGACGCAAGAUUGCCAGCGUCGAGGCGUCUUGCAAGAAAGCGGUUUCUAUGUGCAUCUGGCAUCGCCCCUUCCCCAUUUGCUCCCCAAACCUCAUCCUUCUUUAUGUGGAUAUGCAAGCAAGAAGAGGAGACUGGAUAUUCCCAACAUGCUCACUCCCCUAAUCUGUCCGCCUAGAGGUUCUGCUUCUACAAAUCAAGGGAGUGUAAGAGCUGAAGAUGAGGCCCAGAGCAGAGUGCUAUUCUUCAAAAUUCUGGCUUAUGCUGGCAGUCUUAGCAACAACAGGCAGUAUGGCUUGGGCUCAAAAGAACCAUCCCAGCAUUGGCAUUGCUGUCGUCUUGGUGGGUACCUCUGAUGAAGUAGCUAUUACAGAUGCCCACAAGAAGGAUGAUUUCCAUCACCUCUCUCUCAUACCUCGGGUGGAACUCGUUGCCAUGAAUGAAACAGAUCCCAAGAGCAUCAUCACCCGCAUCUGCGAUAUCAUGUCUGAACGGAGGGUGCAAGGUGUGGUGUUUGCUGAUGAUACUGACCAGGAAGCUAUUGCCCAGAUCCUGGACUUCAUUUCUGCCCAGACCCUAACACCCAUUCUAGGAAUCCAUGGAGGCUCUUCUAUGAUCAUGGCAGACAAGGAUGAAUCAUCCAUGUUCUUCCAGUUUGGCCCAUCGAUAGAACAACAAGCUUCUGUUAUGCUGAACAUCAUGGAAGAAUAUGACUGGUACAUUUUCUCCAUUGUCACUACCUACUUUCCUGGCUACCAAGAUUUUGUCAACAAGGUCCGUAGCACUAUUGAGAACAGCUUUGUUGGCUGGGAGCUAGAAGAGGUACUCUUGCUGGACAUGUCUCUGGAUGAUGGAGAUUCAAAGAUCCAGAAUCAACUCAAGAAACUCCAGAGUCCUGUCAUCUUACUGUACUGUACUAAGGAAGAGGCCACUUAUAUCUUUGAGGUGGCUAAUUCUGUUGGUCUGACUGGGUAUGAUUACACAUGGAUUGUGCCCAGUUUGGUGGCUGGAGAUACAGACACAGUUCCGUCUGAAUUUCCCACUGGACUCAUCUCUGUGUCAUAUGAUGAGUGGGACUAUGGUCUUCGUGACAGAGUGAAAGAUGGAAUAGCCAUAAUAACCACGGCCGCCUCUGAUAUGCUAUUUGAACAUAGCUUUAUUCCUGAGCCCAAGAGUAGCUGCUACAAUACACAAGACAAGAGGAUCUACCAAUCUAACAUGUUAAAUAGAUACCUGAUUAAUGUCACUUUUGAAGGAAGGAAUUUAUCAUUCAGUGAAGAUGGCUAUCAGAUGCAUCCUAAGCUGGUUAUCAUACUUCUGACCAAGACGAGAACAUGGGAUAGAGUGGGAUGGUGGAAGGACAAACGUCUCAAGAUGAAGUAUUACGUGUGGCCACGUUCUGAGCUAUAUCCAAACUGUGAGGAACGUGAGGAUGACCAUCUUAGCAUAGUGACCCUUGAAGAAGCACCUUUUGUUAUUGUGGAAAAUGUGGACCCAUUAAGUGGCACCUGCAUGAGGAACACGGUUCCAUGCCAAAAACGAAUUGUAUCAGAAAAUAAAACAGAUGAAGAGACUGCCUAUAUCAAGAAAUGUUGCAAAGGGUUUUGUAUUGAUAUUCUUAAAAAAAUUUCCAAGUUUGUGAAAUUCACCUAUGAUCUUUAUUUGGUAACCAAUGGUAAACAUGGAAAGAAGGUCAAUGGAACAUGGAAUGGAAUGAUUGGUGAGGUGGUUGCCAAACGUGCCUAUAUGGCUGUGGGAUCCCUCACCAUAAAUGCAGAGCGUUCAGAAGUGGUUGACUUUUCUGUUCCCUUCAUUGAGACAGGAAUCAGUGUAAUGGUGUCACGAAGCAAUGGGACUGUCUCACCUUCUGCCUUUUUAGAGCCAUUCAGUGCUGAUGUGUGGGUGAUGAUGUUUGUAAUGCUGCUUAUAAUCUCUGCGGUGGCUGUCUUUGUCUUUGAGUACUUCAGCCCUGUGGGAUACAAUCGGUGUCUGGCUGAUGGCAGAGAGCCUGGUGGUCCAUCUUUCACUAUUGGUAAAGCUAUCUGGCUACUGUGGGGCCUUGUAUUCAACAACUCUGUGCCAGUGCAGAAUCCCAAAGGGACUACCAGCAAGAUCAUGGUAUCAGUAUGGGCCUUCUUUGCUGUCAUCUUUUUGGCCAGUUACACUGCCAAUUUGGCUGCCUUUAUGAUCCAAGAAGAAUAUGUUGACCAGGUGUCUGGACUGAGCGACAGAAAGAUUUUUGGCAACAGUACAGAAAAAGUCAUUGCCUUUUCCCCAUAUGCUGUUUGA